UUUUCAACGCAAUGUCACAAGAAGAUAAAGUGAUGUUUUCUGGACCAAGAGCUUUUGAACAGUCCUUGUGUCACUCCAAGAGAGUGGAACCUAAAACAACAACCAAAAGUUUCUCAGAGGUUAUCACAAAGAGUAUUGUCUCAGAGCUAGCUUUGUUUUACCCUGGCAUACCCUUAAGGAAACUUUACAAACGAUAUUCAUCAAAACUGCAAAAGUACAGAGUAAAUAGUACUGUUGCAGACCUUGAACAAACUGUGCCUGAGAAAAAGCCAGAUGAGAGAGUGAAGAGCAGAGUGGAUUCAUUAGGAGACAAAGAUGGGAAAGGUAACAUUGUUGCAUAUAGUUUAUGUAACAAAAGGGGAAAAGGAAAGCAGCAAUUGUCUUGUGAUGGGGAAAGAAGCCUGGAGAAAGAGAUUGCAAGGAAAAAGGAUGAUUUAUUAGUAUCAGAAGAGACACAAGGUCCUGCAACCAACCAGCCUGUGGAGAAGCCACGCCAGAAAAGAAGAAGAGAAGAUGAUGGUGACCAAUAUCAGGUGGAGGUCAUCAAGGGACGAAGGUUAUCCUUAAGAAUCCGAAGAAAGAAGACAACCUUGGAGUCUGACACUCUAAACGAUAAUUUGGAGAUACCAGAAACUACCUCAAACAGAAAGAAGAGAAAGAGAACAGGUGAUUAUCAAGAUGGUGGAAAAGAAAUGUCAGAACCUUCCACACAAUUCAACAAGGCUGUAGAGAUACCUGUUGUUCCCAACAGUUGUGCAAGUAAUGUGGAGACUUUUGUCAAUGAUGCAUUGUGGACAGAGUUGUAUCGACCACUGCACUCCACCGAAGUCAUGGCAAAUGCUUCUUCUGUCAGCAAACUGCGAUCCUGGCUGCAAGAGUGGAAAAUCAAGAGAGAAAAAACUCUGAGGAAAGAACUACAGCAACAGAAAAGACUUCUAGCAAAACAGAAAGGCAAGCAGUCAAGCCACAGCCAAGGCUCCAGCCACUCUCUGGAGCGGUGGGAUGCAGACAGUGACUCUGACUUCCAAAUGAGUGACCAUGCUUCAGAUGAUAGUGACACAGAGGAAGGUGGUUUAAAUACUGCCAUGUUUAUCUCUGGUCCCACAGGAGUUGGGAAAACAGCCAUGGUGUAUGCAUGUGCAGAGGAACUGGGUUACAAGGUAUUUGAAGUCAACAGUUCCUCCAAGCGUUCUGGCAAGCAGAUCAUGUCACAGCUUGAAGAAGCUACUCAGUCACACCUUGUGAUCAACAACAAGGGUCCUGCCCCUCAGUCUUCCUUUGCAGGCCUCUUUGAUAAACCUGUAAACAGUUCUCCCCCCUCCACUGGUCCCCUGAGUGCCUUUUUGCAGAAGAAUACAAGUGUGUCUGAAACCAAAGCCAGCAAGAAUGGGAAAAGAAAGAAAGACGGGGCCAUGAAAGAGAAGAAGAAAGUGGAAUCCAAAGGGAAAGGCAAAUCCAUUCUCAAGCAGCCAUCACAACAAAUUAAAGAUGACAGUGAAUCAUGUUCAAAUUUGUCUUCAAAAGCUGCCUCUCUGAUUUUGUUUGAAGAGGUUGAUGUUAUUUUUGAAGAAGACAAGAGUUUCUGGAUGGCUGUAAACUCCUUCAUGCAGAAUGCUAAGUGUCCCAUUGUUUUGAUAAGCACAGACUCACAAGUGAGCUGUGAGGGACGAUAUGAACAAGUCAAGUUGAAAUCUCCAUCAGUGAAUCUUUUAGCUGCACAUCUACAACUUGUAACUUUGACAAACAAUAUUUUUGUCAAUCCUGAAGACCUCAAGUGUUUGGUUGUACAAAACAACUGUGACAUUCGCAAGUCUCUCUUUGAUUUGCAAUUCUGGUCAGGAUCAGGAGGGGGAGUAAAGAUGCCAUACACAAGACCAGUGAGUUUAGAACCAAUUAAAAAUGAUGUUGGCAGAAGCAAUCUGAAGCCUCAACAUACGUCUGUAACUUGUAAAAGUGGCAGUGAGAAUCUGAAGACUGGCAUUUCUUCUCAAGAUGUUAAUCAGUUUGAACCCCUUGCAACUGGUGGGAUUUUAAAUGACGAUGGAGAAGAAAGCCUGUUUCUUUCCUUAAGUGAUUGGCAGGCAAUCAAGAACAGAGGAGCUACAAGCCACUUGCGCUCUUCCACGAGAGGAACUCUUGGUCAAGCCUAUGGUGAUAACUCGGAUUCUGAUUUCUUUGAGCCCAAGAGGGCAAAACUGUCAUGUCCCGAAGGCUCAGCAGAUUCUGUCUUUGAAAUCACAGACACAAAUGACAGUCAACCAGUCAGCACUGGUAACGAAAAAGCUGAUACCUCCCGCCAGCUUCCCCCAGUGGAUUCCUUGCUGUUCGAGAGUGUGCACGGGAUGCUCAAUUGCGUGGCUGACCCAACUGUUGGGUCGUUGUCAAUUCUGCAAAAGGGAAAGAAAUCUGGAGAUAACGUUAAGGACUAUGGCAUUUUUGACAAGCUGCGACUGACACACUUCACCCAAGGACUUGAUUUGAAUUUGGUCCAAACAAAUCUGAGUAACCUCAUCCCGCUGUUUGCUGAAUCAUCAUCGUCAUUGCCGCAGACCAGACAUGAUCCACAAGAGGCUCCACUUGAAGACCAGACAACUGAUGUUGAGCAACCAAUUGCAGAGGAAAUGGUUUUCAAGAGUGUUAAUAUAUUCUCUGAUAGAAGUCUUUUUGACGAUGGCACUGAUGAAUCUACCAAUAAAGGGGAGACUGAAGUUGUCACGGAAACAGAUCAUUCCAUAGAUAAGGAAUCAGAAGAUGGAAAGACAAAGCUGUUGAAUACUUCUCAGGACUCUGUAGACACAGGCUUUAGUGAGUCUCAACCUAAAGAGGGUACUAGUGCCGCUGGGGAAGGUGAAAUGCUUAAAGAGGACUCUGUAAUCUGUGGAGAAACUAUCUUGAAAGGAAAGAAACCUGUUCGUAAAACGCAUUCCCAUAGAGAAAGAUGCUGCACCAAAGCUCUAGAUGUAUUCGCGCAGUUUGCAGAAAACCAGUCGUUUUUAGAUGCCUUCUGCUCAAGUCUUUCUGUCUCUAACACCCAGUCUUCCUCUGUUGAUUUUGGCUGGUGGGAAGCUGUGCUGAAGCCAGGGCUCACAGACGAGCACGUGACCGUAGAGGAGUGCAGUCAUUGGUUGGCUCGUGAUACACGAGCAAGCAUUCGGGCAGCAUCAGAAGUGGCUAAUUUGGAGAGUUGUCGCACCAAAGUGAAUUGUCUGGCUAACGAUUUAAAAGAAGUUAAAAAUGUAGAUGAAGAGGAGAGCCCAAAUAUUUCGGAAAAUGAGCUUUUUAAUUCUAGCUUAUUAUCGGAAGACCUUCCUCCACGUGAUUGUGGUUCUUUGUUGCAGUUGAUUUCACCCUCGCUCACACAAAGAAGUUCCUCAGCGAGCCGAAGAAAGCUCUGUACCUCCGUGCUGUCCUGUAUCCCCUCACUGUACCACUGCGAUCAUCGCUGUGUAGCAAGUGAUUACAUACCAACGUUUCGCUUGCUUUGUCACUCAGAAAGGCUCCGAGAAGCCGCUAACGUCAAAAGAAGAUUUCUUCAUUAUCUGGAUCUUAAUUCGUUUCCCUUGAGUCGUAUCACAAUGGAGGCUUUAGCAGACAGUUAUCUGGGACAGUAGCGUAAUGUAACGCGGUUUUUUCAACAAUUUAUAAUUUCUUGAUUCUUUUGCCGAGCGAAAUGUAAUUUGGGGCUGGAGGAGAUACUGUUGAUGUAUAAAAAGUAAUGUUUUCAAUCUCGUACUCUCAUUUUCUCCAAAACGUGUCCUUGUGUCUCAGCAAUUGCUAUUAUAUCUAAACGCAAAUCCUGGUUGAUACGUUUCGCUCGUUCUCAUAGCCCCCGUGCCAAAUAGUUUGCCCAUUUUGUCUCGAUAAUUUAACUUUUUGUCAUUCUUUUUAUUAAAAAACCUGAUAAAAUCUUAGGUCACGAAUUUAAGACGGUUUUUAGCGACGAGGGGAGAUUUCUUUUUUAAGAAAAUUAAGCUCCUCCGCAAGGUGGAGAAUCAAGAAGUUAAAAACUCGAACUAGGAGCUUUGUGUACAGCACUUCAUUAUUGGAAUUCAAGCAGACGUAUUUCAUAAUUAAAUACUGUAUAUACUUAAGCCAAGAUUUUAAUUGUCAUUGACUGUCAAAAGGUAUCACAAUUAUCCAGUCGGGUAAAUAAUCACUGUUCUAAACUGAUGAACUUCUGAAUACAAUAAUGUACAAACUGAAAUAUUAAUAUAAUUCGUUGUCUGGGUUUUUCCAUGAUUGGACAAGAAAGUCUGAAACUCCUCUGUUCUUUAUAAUUGUUGAAAACCGGAGAUACUGAGUCGAUUCGACACGAAGGUCGAAGACUCCUCGGUUCUUAAUGAGGUUUUUCAAAAACAGAAUCUACAAAGUCGACUGGACAGGAAGGUCGGAAACUCUUCAGUUUUUACGAGAAUUGUCGAACAAGGUGCGAGUGAACCUAUUUCAGAUAAACAGAGAUAUUUUAUAGUAAAUAUUUUUGAAACUGUCAGUGGAAGAAAUGCUACUUUUGUUUAAUAUUUAUGAAUUUAGUUCUUCCUGAUCACGAUUUUCCCUCUAUAGAUGAAAUCCCAUUCUUGUGUUGCAUGGUAUUGAUGAUGCAGCGCUUAAAUUUGGACUUCCUUCGGAGAAAGGAUUAAAAUAUAUAAUUCAUCAAGGCCUCAAUGUCAUAAGCAGCUGUUUUCUUGACAGGUGUUUCGUGGAAUUGUGGUGUGUCUAAUACGAGAAAUUUUACUCCAAUUUUCCACGCGUAAACCUGGCACGUUUCUUAAGAAAACUCAUCGCGGUGGUCAUUUGCUAGUCGAGAUGACUUGUCAGUGGCUUUUGUUGAAGGAAAUUUUUGCUUGGCUACUUGUCGGGAAAAACUUAGCUAACGGAAAUCAGGGUUUCAUUCUUAGGCCGUCCAUGAAAUUGAUUUCGUGUGUUCGCUGGUGUUUUUAUUUCCCUAUUUGGAUCUGCUAUCUAGGGCUGAGAUAGAAGAUACCGAACCAUAGAUACAACUUACUAAUCUGUUUCCAGCGACCAUUUGGAAACCACUGUUAAUGAUAAACCUAUGAAGGAAGUGGGGUGCGAUACGUAGCUAGAUCUAAACUUAAGGCAUUUGUGUGUAAGUAUAACUUAAUUUAAUUUAUUCAGUUAAGUUAGUCAUGUAAAAGAAAUUGCUUUUCCUCGUAGUCUUGAAAUAAAUUUGUAAAAUCCAACUCGUUCUCAUCUCAGUCACAACUACCAGAGGCCGAUAAAAGAGAGCCGAGAGGUGUGAGAUUUAAGGCGGUUUUUUAGCUGAGUGCGAUCGACUGAGUUGACUCACGAGAAAAUAGAAAUUAGCAUCUAGCGCGGUGAUGUCCACCUCGAACGGUUUCCCAAGAUGAGGGUAACUUUAUGGGAAAUUUAAUCUGAAGGGGGCGUUUUGGUGAAGGAACAGACACUUUCCAGUGAACGCGCGAGGAGCUAAGCAGAUUAAAUGAGCGGGGUUAGGCCUCUUACAAAACGGAUGCAAUGAAAAUGUCACGUGAUUUGCCAGGAGCGUCUUAUGUUAGAGUUUCAGUCUGCUCAGCCAAUAAUACGCUAAGUUGGCCAGGCAUUACUUCAAAAUGAAAUAAAUGAAUUUAAGAACUCUGUUGUUCGGCUUAGAUACAGCUACUAGUUGUCAUUUAAUGUGACCAGGAUUAAUUACAAAAAUUAUUUUGGCUAAUUAGCUUAACUAUUCUUAAUUUGGCGAAUACAAGUAACUUAAAGAUUUUGUUUGCGAUACAUUAAAACAAUAUUGUGCAGACA